ACAUGGAUGAUAGUGAGGGAAACAGAGUAUUGCUGCUUAGGGGACACCAUUAUAAUCAUCAUCCUCUUCAUCUUCUUCUCUCAUGCUAUAAUAAGCAGAACCAAACCAAAACCAGGACGAGGACGAGGUUGGGGAGAGGGACACAAACUUUUAUACUCGCGGAGCCACAAGUCCAUCACACAUAAAAAAAAAAAAAAAAGAAAAAAAAAAGAAAAAAAAAAAAAGUAAAGAGGAGAGAAGAAAAGAAAAGAAAGCUUUUUUUCUUUGCAUGCCUUGGCCUUUUCACUCUGAUACAAACUGGGUUUUUUGGUUUUUGAAGAAAAGAGAGGGAUAGUGAGAGAGAGGGAAAUGAAGGAGAAGAGCGAAAGUGGUGGUGGUGGUGGGUAUGUAAGAGCAGAUCAGAUAGAUCUGAAGAGCUUGGAUGAGCAGCUUCAAAGGCAUCUUAGUAGAGCAUGGACUAUGGAGAAGAACAAGAAGAGAGAAGAGGAAGAAAACGAAGCAAGGCCCACUGCCACCAGGCAAGAGUGGGAGAUUGACCCCACUAAACUCAUUAUCAAGAGCGUUAUUGCUCGUGGCACCUUUGGGACUGUUCACCGGGGUGUUUAUGAUGGUCAAGACGUUGCAGUUAAACUUCUUGACUGGGGGGAAGAGGGUCACAGAUCAGAGGCUGAAAUAGCUUCUCUUAGAGCAGCAUUUACACAAGAAGUUGCUGUUUGGCAUAAACUUGAUCAUCCAAAUGUAACUAAGUUUUUAGGGGCGACAAUUGGCUCAUCAGAUCUGCAAAUACAAACUGAGAAUGGUCAAAUUGGCAUGCCAAGUAAUAUUUGUUGUGUAGUUGUUGAAUAUUGUCCUGGGGGUGCACUGAAAUCAUACCUUAUAAAGAACCGUAGAAGAAAGCUGGCUUUCAAAGUAGUCGUCCAACUUGCAUUAGAUCUUGCACGAGGGUUGGAUUUGCACACCCAUCUGCUCAGCUAUCUACAUUCACAAAAGAUUGUCCACAGAGAUGUUAAAACAGAAAACAUGCUUCUAGACAAGACCCGUACAGUAAAAAUAGCUGAUUUCGGGGUUGCUCGUGUAGAGGCGUCAAAUCCCAAUGACAUGACUGGCGAGACUGGAACCCUAGGUUACAUGGCUCCGGAGGUACUUAAUGGUAGCCCAUAUAACAGGAAAUGUGAUGUCUACAGUUUUGGUAUCUGCUUGUGGGAAAUUUACUGCUGUGACAUGCCGUAUCCUGACCUUAGCUUCUCAGAAGUAACAUCAGCUGUUGUCCGCCAGAAUUUGCGGCCCGAGAUACCCCGAUGUUGUCCUAGUGCUCUUGCAAAUGUAAUGAAGCGAUGCUGGGAUGCUAAUCCAGACAAGCGGCCGGAGAUGGAUGAGGUGGUAACAAUGUUGGAGGCUAUUGACACAUCAAAGGGUGGAGGUAUGAUCCCUCUUGAUCAGCCUCAGGGUUGUUUCUGUUUCCGCAGGUACCGAGGACCUUGAAAAUCAAAAAAUGUACUCCUCCGAUGUGAAGGAUUGUUGGGAUACACCAGACUGUUCUGGAAAUUCAAUUUGUACUUUUAUUCAAUUUGAAAAAGAUUGGGUUUAGAAAGAGUUAAAGAAAUACAAAGCUGUGAAGGCUAAUAGGCUUAAGAGGAGCUC